AUGAGUUGGUCCUCGCACCCUACGAGUGUAAUCUUCUACAUUCUUUCAUUGCUUUCUUCAGCAUGCCUGGCAUACGUUGCUACCCGAGACAAUUGCUGCAUCUUAGAUGAAAGAUUUGGUAGUUAUUGCCCAACUACCUGUGGAAUUGCAGAAUUCCUGUCUAAUUACCAAACCAGUGUAGACAAGGAUCUACGAAAUUUGGAAGGCAUCUUCUAUCAGGUUGAGAACAAAACAUCAGAAGCCACAGAGCUGGUCAAAGCAAUCAAGAUCAGCUAUAACCCUGAUGAACCGUCAAAGCCAAGUAACAUAGAGGGUGCUACCAAGAAUUACAAGAGAAUGAUGGAAGAAAUUAUGAAAUAUGAAACACUGAUAUCAAACCAUGAAUCAACAAUUCGAUUUUUGCAAGAAAUAUAUAACUCAAACAAUCAAAAAAUCAUUAACCUAAAACAGAAAGUGGGCCAGCUUGAAGAAAAGUGUCAAGAGCCUUGUCAAGAUACAGUGAAAAUACAUGACGUAACUGGGAGAGAUUGCCAAGAUGUUGCCAAUAAGGGGGCCAAAGAGAGUGGACUUUACUUUAUCAGACCUCUGAAAGCUAAGCAGCAGUUCUUAGUCUACUGUGAAAUUGAUGGGUCUGGAAAUGGAUGGACUGUGUUUCAGAAGAGGCUUGAUGGCAGUGUGGAUUUCAAGAAAAACUGGAUUCAAUAUAAAGAAGGGUUUGGACAUCUGUCUCCUACUGGAAACACAGAAUUUUGGCUGGGAAAUGAGAAGAUCCAUUUGAUAAGCACACAGUCUACCAUCCCUUAUGUAUUAAGAAUACAGUUGGAGGACUGGAAUGGCAGAACCAGCACUGCAGAUUAUGCUUCAUUCAAGGUGACGGGUGAAAAUGACAAAUACCGCCUGACAUAUGCUUACUUCAUUGGUGGAGAUGCUGGAGAUGCCUUUGAUGGCUAUGAUUUUGGCGAUGAUUCUAGUGACAAGUUUUUCACAUCCCAUAAUGGCAUGCAGUUCAGUACUUGGGACAAUGACAAUGAUAAGUUUGAUGGCAACUGUGCUGAACAGGAUGGAUCUGGUUGGUGGAUGAACAAAUGUCACGCUGGCCACCUCAAUGGAGUUUAUUAUCAAGGUGGCACUUACUCAAAAUCAUCUACUCCUAAUGGUUAUGAUAAUGGCAUUAUUUGGGCCACUUGGAAAUCCAGGUGGUAUUCCAUGAAGAAAACCACCAUGAAGAUAAUCCCAUUCAACAGACUUGCCAUUGAUGGACAGCAGCACCAUCUGGGGGGAGCCAAAAAGGUCGGAGUGGAACAUCACGUUGAAAUAGAAUACGACUAA